AACCUAACCUAACUAAACCUAACCUCACUAAACCUAAUCUAACCUAACCUAACCUAACCUAACUAAACCUAACCUCAGGGGCCGUCGUGAUUGGUGGAAAUAAUUGUUUUUUUUUUUUUCAUUGGCUGCCGCUUCAGUUUCAAAGAACAGAACCAAUCAGCGUAAACAGUUAAGUGCAUGCUCAGACAAUGGUAUGUCACGAAGCCCGCUGAGCUUGUGACCGCAUGACACCAUCAGUGUGCGGCAGGGUUUGAUGUGGGAGGCUAUUGUCACGGCUGAUCACCAAAACACGCUUAAAAUUUUAAAAAUCUGUGUCGCCAUUCAAAAAGAUUGCACCUAGUAUAUAUGGGGUUCAAAUUACUCGUAAUCAAGAGCUCUAUCUCUUGAGGUGGGUAAAAAACAUGUAGCUGAUUGUGGUGAAACUCUGCAGUAAUACCAAAUUUAUGACCAUCAGUCUAGAGUUUGAAAGCAGUUACAGAAACCUGGAAGUCAGUAUUAUUGUACAUUCUUACCCAUGGAAAAGUGACAGUUCAUAUAUGCCUUGGAAAUUUAUUGUAGUGCAGUUAGCAAUUUUUAGUUUUAUUCAUCUUGAAGCAACACAUUAAAUCAUCAGGUUAGGUUAUGCUAAGUGAGGUUAUGGUAACUUUAGAUUGUAGAGUAAACUCUGCAUUAGUCAGACCAAUUGACAGGAAGGCUAAAUUGAGUUACACUGAGGCAUUUUUUUCACAUUUUAAAUGCUUGUUAUCAUGAACAGUUAAAAUGGUCUAUUUAGUACAUUAUGUACAUAGGUAUAUGCUACAUUCAUGGCAUGCCCACACACACACACACACACACACACACACACACACACACACACACACACAGUGGAAAUUUAUAAGAUGGGAGAUGGAGUAGAACUAGAAAAAGUAAAAAACGAAAAGGACUUGGGAGUGACGAUGGAAGAAAACAAUCAACCGAUGUUUUGUGCAGCAGUGAGACAGACCCAGUAUCUGGUAGCUGCAAGAGCUGUGGGAGUUCGACACAGAUCUGGUAAUAACCGAAAAAACAAGAUAAUAUGGGCCACUGGAGAGAGGAGUAUUCCAAGUGACCAACCAGCUGCAUGGUCCACUGGGGAGGUUAAGCAUCCCCAGCAUCUUGACUGUCCUCUUGGCAAUAAAGAUCUUUACCCAAAACCGAUGCCAGAUGGGGGUCUUCAGUAUUUUGGCUUCCAGUAUUAUCCCAGGGUUCCUGGUGAAGAGGAUGCCCCAUGUGAACCCACUCCCCUGCACCUGGUGACUCGUGUGAAAUGCCUCAAGAAAAAACCUUGGUGGGACAAGGAAAUCAUGCAGAAAAUUGGGCUUCAUAAGAAGCGUAGUGAUAUUGCCAUCCUGAAAAACACCCCAGAGGUCAAUGCCAUGCUUUGGAAAGUAAAGCACUUAGUGAAAGUGACUCCCAUCAGGUUAUCAGUGAACCAGCUGAUAGAUGUUGAUCCUCAUUGCUGCUUCCUGAAGGAGAAUGGAGAAUUUUCCAGUACUCCCACAGUGAAGGUAGAGGAUGGUUGCCUCAAGGAAGAUGACAAGCUUGUUGCACGCAAGUGGAAUGGAGAUUUUGUUGACCGACACACACGUAAGAACUGGGAAUACCCUUGGCAAAUAAAGCUGUGCUAGACUGAGCACUGCUUAUCAAAGAUACAGGUUCAUAUUUGUGUAGAUAAAUAUUGAUGAUUGCUAGGGCAUUGAAAGUUUUGUUACAAGUAGUUGUCAGAAUUAAAGUUUCAUAAGAAUUCAGACUUGGAAAUAUGGAGAACCAACACACUAGGGUAGUAUACCUUGUGACGUUUUUCUAGUGAAUUAUUUUCAUAUUGUUUAUUAUAUAGUGAAUGAAUGCUUGUAAUGACAUGUCAUGCUAAUAGUUCAAAAGGUUAAAAAUACUGGUGCACUUCAACCAUAAAACUUAAUGAACUGAGUUCUUGUAAAUAAAGUAUAUGUAUAUA